AUGGUGGCCGCGGCGGCCUUGAUGAUGCCAAUUGUCGCGGGCACAACAACGGCGGAAUCAACUAAGAACAUGGACAUUCUCUUUCCAGCCCUGUAUGGGAUGAACUUGGACAACCUGGAAGGAAGUGUUGUGACUGGUGAUGCCUCGUCCACCACUAUUCAGAUUGACUGUCGCUCCAGCGCAACCGCCGAAUGUACCUCUUCAGGCUAUGUCCUACCCCAGACCCUCACGAAGGGCCCGUCAUUUCAGGAUAAUUAUUACGAUGUCACCAGCUUGUUCAACAGCACCAUCUUUGUUAUCACUGGGAGACUGGAUUGCAAUAUGACCUCGUCCACCUUGGGCGCCUCUUGCUUUGCUUCGACGAGCACAUGGGAUUCUCGUGGAACAAACGCAAGCUCGUCGGCGUGGUCCACAAGUGUCACCAUCUCUUCUUUCAACUUAAAGUACAAUACUUUAACAUUGUCAUCGGGGUUGGAGAACCUUCAGCCCGGCACUACCGCUACACCCAAUGCAUCACCUAUCCAGACUGCGACUUCAACAUCCAUACCAACGACAACGACAGUCCAAGCAUCCUCGGCAGGUCACUCAUCUUCAAAGGCCUGGAUAGCAGGUGUGGUAGUCGGGGUUGUGGCUGGAUUGGCUUUGGUUGUGGGCACGGCAAUCUGGUGUCUUCGACGCAGCCAUAAGAGGAAUACAAAACCGUUAGGUUGGGAGCCAACGAACGAAAUGCCAGAGAAGUCGGAGCCUCAAGUACAGAAUGCUGAGUUAAGGGAGCUACCAGCCGGUUCUCAGAAGGCAGAGUUAUCAACUCAAAAUGAUCGUCAUGAACUGCAAUGA